GUUUUCCCGUGUAGCCCUAGCUGUCGGGGAACUCACUCUGUUCAAGGCUGACGCUGAACUCAGAGAUCCACCGGUCUCUGCUUCUGCCUCCUGGGCUGGGAUUAAAGGUGUGCUGUACCACCGCCUGGCUGACCCUUUUCCUUUAAAACCCUAGGCCGGCCCAGAUUUCCCAGAGACAGUAGAGGGGUCUCCAGACUCCACCCUCUUGUCUUCCGGUUUUGAUGGCGCGCCGUAGCGUUUAAACUUCGCGCGCUUAAUACGGAUUGGCCGCUUCCACGGCCGACUAGCCUCCAGCAUGAGGCCUCUCCUCCUUGCUUUCUUCCCCGGGUAAAAGGUUUUCAAAUUGGACCAAUCGCCGGGCGAGCUCUCUCCGCCUAGGCACGUCACCGAAAGGUUAAUUGCAACCAACCAGAGACCGGUAUCAAAGAAAAGAGCCAAUCGGGCGGCUGCGGGGGCGUGUCCAGGCAGUUUAUAAGGGCGCGCUCGCCCGCGCGGGGCGACAGUUGGCUGCGGCGGUUGGUGGUGUUUGUAGUCGUCGGCUUCGCGCUCUGCCUUUCUACCUCGUACACGAUGUCGGGUCGCGGCAAGACCGGAGGCAAGGCCCGCGCCAAGGCCAAGUCUCGCUCGUCGCGCGCCGGCCUGCAGUUCCCGGUAGGCCGUGUGCACCGGCUGCUGCGGAAAGGCCACUACGCCGAGCGCGUGGGCGCAGGCGCGCCCGUGUACCUGGCGGCCGUGCUGGAGUACCUCACCGCCGAGAUCCUGGAGCUGGCGGGCAACGCGGCCCGCGACAACAAGAAGACGCGCAUCAUCCCGCGCCACCUGCAGCUGGCCAUCCGCAACGACGAGGAGCUCAACAAGCUGCUGGGCGGCGUGACGAUCGCGCAGGGCGGCGUCCUGCCCAACAUCCAGGCCGUGCUGCUGCCCAAGAAGACAAGCGCCACCGUGGGGCCCAAGGCGCCGGCGGGCGGCAAGAAGGCCACCCAGGCCUCUCAGGAGUACUGAGGGAGCCCGCGCCGUGGCCGCCCAGCCCUCCCCACACCUCCACAAAGGCCUUUUUCAGGGCCACCACCUCCCUCACAGAAAGAGCUGAGCCACUGAGGGCCGGGCCGCCGCGUCCCCGUUCUACCCCCUCUCUCUGCCCUCGCGCGUUUUUUGCCUCCCUUUCCCUGCACAGCCUGUGGGUCAACCACGGAGGACGCGGGCGCCACCCCGCCUGCCCACCCCGGAGCUUCGCCGGUCUGGUCUCGGUCUUCGAUGGGCCGCGCGGAGAGGCUGCGACACCUUCCAGAAGUCUCGGCCUUUUGCUGCGGCGGACGGCCGAGAUGGGCCUGAAGGGCGGUGUGUGGUGUGGCCGGGACAGAAUCACUAAUAGGAACCGAUUUUCUCCAGGAUGCCUCCUGGAACGGGUCUGGGAGACGCUUACAGGCCUGUGGACUGAAGACCUGUGUUCCUGCCGCAGGAGACUGGCAGCCGGGCCUAGCCAUUCCCUUUUUCCCCCGGCGACUCACCUCACGACCCGAACACCUAGAUACCAGCACACAUCGAUGAAACCCUGUAUGGACCGAGCCUCUCUUGGCUUCUGAACUGGAAUUUUGCAGCUAUCCCAAGUUUAGAACCUUAGGUAGUGGGGAGUUUCAAUGGGCUAAUUUUAUUAAAGGAUUGUUUGGUUUUUUAAAAA